AUGGGCGAGGACAAGCCAGAAGGAGAUGGCGAAGAGGUCGCCAUUGAAGUUCCCAUUCAGCCGGGGGAGCCUGUUGCAGCUGUGGAUGCAUCUAUUGAACCGCCAUAUGGAUGGGUUGUCUGUAUCGCCAUGCAUUUGAUCAAUGGAUUCACAUGGGGUAUCAUUGCGUCAUAUGGCGUUUACCUAUCGUACUACAUUGAUAAUUCCAUAUUCCCCGGUGCCUCAGAUUUGGACUAUACGUUCAUUGGUGGCGUCAAUUUCGCCUGUGCCAUGCUCUGCGGACCUAUUGUCAACAUGUUUGUCCGAAGACUCGGGACACAUAUCCCUAUGUACUGCGGCUGUGUCAUGUUCGCGGGCGGCUUUGUCGCAGCCUCAUUUGCCACAGAAUAUUGGCAUCUUAUUCUGACGCAGGGCAUCCUGGUUGGGUUGGGAACAGGCUUUUCGUGGCUACCAGCUACACCCAUACUUCCCCAGUGGUUCAACAGAAAUAGGAGUCUAGCUCAAGGCAUCGCAGCCGCAGGGAGCGGCAUUGGCGGCGUGAUAUUCUCUGCCGCAACAACCCCCAUGAUCGAGAAUCUUUCGCUUGCUUGGUCACUACGGAUCACUGGCAUCCUCGCAUUUGUGGUCCUGUUUACGGCAUGUUCGUUGAUCCGCGACAGAAACAAGACAAUCCGUCCCAGCUACAAGCCUAUAGACACGGAGCUCCUGAAAAGGUAUCAGGUCUGGCUGCUUAUCUUCUACACGUUCUUUUCCAUCCUUGGCUACAUCGUGGCGAUCUAUUCUCUGGGUAAAUCAGCCGUCCAAUACCACUCCAACAUGAAGCUGAUCUAUUUCUUAGGCGCGUUCGCAACAUCUCUCGGAUUGACUCAAGAUCAAGGCGGCACUGUGAUCACCAUCAUGAACGUCGGAACCGCUUUCGGUCGACCUUUCAUCGGGGUGCUAAGCGAUCGAUUCGGCCGCAUGACAGUAGCAUGCGUCUUGACCGCGUCAAACACCUUGCUAUCAUAUGCGAUCUGGAUUCCUGCCAAUUCUUAUGGCGUACUUAUAUUCUUUGCUCUUACUGUGGGCGCGACGAGUGGUGUCUACUGGGGUACAAUUGCUCCUCUUUGUGCCGAGGUCGUCGAACUGAAAGAACUUCCAUCAGCCCUCAGUCUGAUGUGGGUGACUGUCUCUAUGCCUGCUUUAUUCUCGGAAGCAAUAGCAUUGGAGAUUCGCCGACCUCAUUCGUCCCGGCCUUAUUUAUGGCCUCAGAUCUAUACUGGCUUGGUCUUCCUGAUCGCGGGUGGUUUCAUGUUUGAGCUCCGCCGGCAGAAAUGGGGCUUCAGGAGGGAAAGGCAUAGAUGA